GAAGAGAGGUUCCUAAUACUAGACAGAUGAAGAGUGGCUUGGCUGUUUCCCCCUGCAUAUUGGGGUUGAAAACUUAGAAAUGUGUAGUUCCAUUCCUUCUAUGCAGAGUCUCUCCUGCCCUCCCUCCUUCCUGCAAGCAAAUAUACAAGCUAGACCCUGUUCCCUCACCCUGUAUCCUGUCUCCCCUAAUUGACAUUCUAUCAGCCCAACCCUCAUUCUGCAGGGCCACCUGGUGUGUGGAGGUGGCGGGGGGGGGGAGGGUCAGUGACUCUGGGGGUCUCCUCAGUGACCCCCAUACCUCAUCAUGAACCCUUGGGUAGCUUGAUUCUGCCUACCAUCCAGGAAAACUUGUGCUGGAAUUGCUGAUGGAACCAAUUAAAUAUUUACUAUAAAUCAGUGUCUUUUCUUCAUCUGCAAGGAACUUUAGCAGGUGCCUGAGGCAGGGCACAGUAGAGCUGGUGGGCUUAGUCCCACAUGGCAGAUCUACCCUCUUGGAGGGUACUGUGUUCUUGAGCUAUUCUCAACAGUCAGUACUGGUUGGGUGCAGUGGCUCACGCCUGUAAUCCCAGCAUUUUGGAAGUCCGAGGUGGGCAGAUCACUUGAGUGAGGUCAGGAGUUCAAGACCAGCCUGGGCAACAUGGUGAAACCCUGUCUCUACUAAAAAUACAAAAAUUAGCUGGGCAUGGUGGUGCAUGCCUGUAAUCCCAGCUACUUGGGAGGCUGAGGCAGGAGAAUCCUUUAAACCCUGGAGUCGGAGUUUGCAGUGAGCGGGGAUUGCGCCACUGCACUUCAGCCUGGUCUCACCAGGCCACCACCUCCCUCGGGGACCUCCGCGCUGAGCUUCCGGCCUCUACGCCUCGCUUCCGGUCGGCCGCCCCUUCCUUACUUCCGGUUCUCUAUGGUGCGCGGGCAACCUUUGCUCCGCCUCCGGCAGUGGCUUACUCCCGGUGCCAGGUUCUUGGAGCUGUGAGGUGUUCAGCAUUAUUUAAGAUCACCUAUGCAUCAUCUGAAGCCACAGUCCCAGGUCAUCUUCAUCACCUUCCCCAGUGGAAUGCCUCCUGUGUUAAAGCCCACAACAACCCCUGUGGUCUCUGCUGUUUCCUCCUGACAUCAAGGAACAACCAUGUCAUCAGAAUCGAGCAAAAAACGGAAGCCCAAAGUGAUCCGAAGCGAUGGAGCCCCAGCUGAAGGAAAGCGGAAUCGAUCUGACACCGAGCAGGAAGGUAAAUACUACAGUGAGGAGGCCGAGGUGGAUCUGCGGGACCCUGGCAGAGACUAUGAGUUAUACAAGUACACCUGCCAGGAGCUACAGAGGCUGAUGGCUGAGAUCCAAGACCUGAAGAGCAGGGGUGGCAAGGAUGUGGCAAUAGAAAUAGAAGAACGGAGGAUCCAGAGCUGUGUGCAUUUCAUGACUCUAAAGAAGCUUAACCGAUUAGCCCACAUCAGGUUGAAGAAAGGAAGAGAUCAGACCCACGAGGCUAAGCAGAAAGUAGAUGCUUAUCAUCUGCAGCUCCAGAACCUGUUGUAUGAGGUGAUGCACCUACAGAAGGAGAUCACCAAAUGUUUGGAGUUUAAGUCAAAGCAUGAAGAAAUUGAUCUGGUCAGUUUAGAGGAGUUUUAUAAGGAGGCUCCACCAGAUAUCAGCAAGGCCGAAGUCACCAUGGGAGACCCUCACCAGCAGACACUGGCACGUCUGGACUGGGAGCUGGAGCAGCGGAAAAGGCUAGCAGAGAAGUACCGAGAGUGCCUAUCUAACAAGGAGAAGAUUCUCAAGGAGAUUGAGGUGAAGAAGGAGUACCUGAGUAGCCUCCAGCCCCGCCUCAACAGCAUCAUGCAGGCUUCCCUUCCGGUGCAGGAGUACCUGUUUAUGCCAUUCGACCAGGCUCACAAGCAGUAUGAGACAGCCAGACACCUGCCGCCUCCCCUCUAUGUCCUCUUUGUUCAGGCCACUGCGUAUGGGCAGGCCUGUGAUAAGACGUUAUCUGUGGCAAUCGAAGGCAGUGUGGAUGAAGCCAAGGCUCUGUUCAAACCUCCAGAGGACUCCCAAGAUGACGAGAGUGACUCAGAUGCCGAGGAGGAGCAGACUACGAAGCGCCGGAGACCCACACUGGGGGUUCAGUUGGACGACAAACGCAAGGAGAUGCUGAAGAGGCACCCACUGUCUGUCAUGCUCGACCUGAAGUGCAAAGAUGACAGUGUGCUUCACCUGACUUUCUACUACCUCAUGAACCUCAACAUCAUGACAGUAAAAGCCAAAGUGACAACUGCCAUGGAGCUGAUCACCCCCAUCAGUGCAGGUGACUUGCUGUCUCCUGACUCAGUCCUGAGUUGCUUGUAUCCUGGGGAUCAUGGAAAGAAAACUCCGAAUCCAGCCAAUCAGUAUCAGUUUGAUAAAGUUGGCAUCCUGACUUUGAGCGACUAUGUACUUGAGCUAGGUCACCCCUAUUUGUGGGUGCAGAAGCUGGGUGGCCUCCACUUCCCCAAAGAGCAGCCCCAGCAAACAGUGAUUGCUGACCACUCGCUGAGCGCCAGCCACAUGGAGACCACCAUGAAACUUCUGAAGACCAGGGUGCAGUCCCGCCUGGCCCUCCACAAACAGUUUGCAUCCCUAGAACAUGGCAUUGUGCCAGUUACCAGUGAUUGCCAGUACCUCUUCCCUGCCAAGGUUGUCUCUCGCCUGGUGAAAUGGGUGACAAUUGCCCAUGAGGAUUACAUGGAGCUGCACUUCACCAAAGACAUUGUGGAUGCGGGACUGGCUGGGGACACCAAUCUCUACUACAUGGCGCUCAUCGAAAGGGGCACAGCCAAACUGCAGGCUGCUGUGGUGUUGAACCCUGGCUACUCCUCCAUCCCACCUAUUUUCCAGCUCUGUUUGAACUGGAAAGGGGAGAAAACCAACAGCAACGAUGACAACAUUCGGGCCAUGGAGGGCGAAGUCAAUGUGUGCUACAAGGAGCUGUGUGGCCCUUGGCCCAGCCACCAGCUGUUGACCAACCAGCUGCAGCGGCUGUGUGUGCUGCUGGAUGUUUACCUGGAGACCGAGAGCCAUGACGACAGUGUGGAGGGGCCCAAGGAAUUUCCCCAGGAGAAGAUGUGUCUGCGGCUCUUCAGGGGUCCCAGCAGGAUGAAGCCAUUUAAAUACAACCAUCCUCAGGGAUUCUUCAGCCAUCGCUGACCUCCCGCGCAGACCGUUGUUUCCCCCAAGGCCUCACCCUGAGCACUGGGCUUCUGCUUUCUGCUCUGGCCCACAUGUGACUCUUGAUAUUCUCCAAAGACACCAGCCAAUUAAAAAGCGUCACCUGACCAGUGGCCUUUGUCUGUGGUUCCUGGCAAGGUGGCUUUGCAGUCUGGAAGGGCAGGUGGGAGCUGUGACACAGUGUGAAAAAGCAUUUGUAGAGACUUUUUCUCAGCAGCCAAUAAAAGCAGAGUGGAAAAAGAUUCCAAUUCUGCAGAGAGAUGCUCA